CGCACUCGUGCAGCGCUACCGUAGGCGCUGUAGUAGCAGUGUCCUGCCGGAACGCACUCAUUGCACUACUAGCUAUAUGUCACAUUACGCUUAAAUGUCUGCUAACAGAUUUUGCUCGGUUUUUGACACGAUUUUGACAUAAAACUCCUUCCCUCGGUUUUUGGUGUCAAAAUUGCUAGCGCAUUAUAUCCGCAUUAUUAGCAACACGAAGUGGUCGCUGACAUAAACGCUAUAAUGUUUAAUGCCAACUUGGCGACAAAGUGCUUGCAAAAUCUUUACCGGGAUUUUAUCGCAUUUUUUUCCGAAGAUACGAAGUCCUAUUAUAAAUCUAAUUACGAGAAUGGUAUCUAUGUCGAAAGGGUAAAUGUAGAAGGGGAUCAUGUUAACUUUAUCUAUCAACAUAUGCGCAGUUGCAAAAGUCAAGAUGAAAGGAUGAGACGCAUAGAGAAUCAGAAAAUAAAUAACUAUGCGUAUAUUAGAAGACGUGAUACUUCUUGCACUUAUAAUAUAAUUGGAUUGCCUACUACAUGUAUAGACUACGAGAGACUGGGACAUAAUGGCGGUUGCAGUAUUUCAAUAUCGUCAUGUCUGCAAGAACCAAAUUAUAUUAACUCAUCAGACUGUGCAUCCACAGAGAUCAUCGAUCAUACUUGUGUUGAUUUCGAGUUUCAAGAAGCCGUAUAUCCAAUUAGGGUGUCUAUACAUGAGGUACUGAAUCCUGGUAGAGUAACAGAAAUAUGGGCGCGAGAUUCUGAUCGGUGGUUUUUAUUAUGGACCGGAGGAAAGCAAUUUGUCCGCUGCGAAUCACGAGUGUUUUCCCCGGCUUUACGGGCCUGUGACUUUAAAACUAAAAUGCUCAGAUUGAUAUUGCCGCAUUACGAUUACAGAACCACUGACACACGGAUAGAUGCUGUGGAGCUCAUCGGAACGUCAGAAUUGAUUCAACCUAAAGAUCCUAAACAGAGUCUAGCUGAUCUAUUGAAAGUUAUCAAUCGCAGCUAUCCUGACCGUGAGGAUAUGCAUAACUUCACACCAGAUUACAAAACUGCGAACUUGGAUAUAUAUCAACUUAUGGACAAAUUUUCCGACUAUUGCAUUAUGCGUAAAAGCAAUUUACGUUUAAAUAACGGAAAGUUGGAAAGUAUCGCACCCUCUCCAAGUGAAUUCAAGGAGCACCAGCUUUGUGAUUUUUCUCAGCUUCCUGAUGAGAUGAUACUAAAAAUACUGGAAUACUUAGAUUUAAGGUCAUUGUGCCUUAUGAGCAUAACGAAUAAACGGUUCAAUGAUUUAACACGAGAUCUAUCGCUUUUUAAAUAUUUAAAUAUACAAGAUUUGCGCCUUUAUAACGAGUCUACCGAUAAUCCUGUUAGUAAUUUAAAGUGUAAAAUUCUAUCUCACUUGGAAUCGAGAUGUGAACACUUAAAACAGUUGGAUCUUGUAAAAUGUAUCGUGCCUAGUACACGUUUCAUAACAUUUCUUAAAACUUGUGGCUCGAAGUUAACGUCCUUGCGAUUAAGUUUUUGCAACUAUAACAACGAUAUCCUCUGUGAAAUUGGGAAAACGUGCAAAAAUUUGACAGGUACAAUUACGAUUUUAAAGAACACAGAUAAUUUAUGCCUGACUAAUCAAACGCAUUUUUCAGUGUUAAAUUUCAGCUAUUGCGUUGAUUAUGAUUUUCACUAUGUGGACGAAGGGCUUUUGUACCUCCAACAUCUAAACCUUUUAGAACAAUUUACCUUUCAACAUAUAGAAAUCCCUAAUACACAAAGAUCCGUUGAAAUCUUUUGCAAAAUACUGCAAGGAAAGCACCGAUUGCGUUAUUUGCAUUUGAAUAGUAAAGGAAAGGUAAAUCUGAACGCAGUAAUAAUAAAGUUACGAGAUAAAGCAUUGUUUUCAAACUUGGAAACGAUAAAGUUAUCGAGCUGGGAUAUUGAUUCGCCAUGCAUAGCUGCCCUCGCUGAGUUCAAGAAUUUACGAAUGCUGAGCAUUAGCAAAACAGAAGUCAAUAGAAUCGAUAAGGAUAGCUGGCGUAGAUUGUUUUCUUCCUGUCGAAGUCUGGAAACAGUGUUUUUGCCGGAUCUCAACGGUGAUAUCAAUGAAGCACUGACGCAAUGUAAAAACCUAAAAGAUUUACGGUUUCGGACAUUAUCUGAGAUUCCCGAGAGAGUAGCAAUUCUCGAGCAGUUUCCUGAACUUCACAUCCAUGUUAAGGAAUAUACCAUUGUUGACAAAUUGCGGGAAAAAUAUCCACAUGCGUCCAUCUGUGUAUGUGACGAUUAUAUCUGGGACCACUGCAUCUACCAAUACAGCACGGAAAGUUAAAAUAAUGUAGCUGAAACGUUGCAAUGUUGAACGUUGAAAUAUAAAUAUCUUUUCUACGUUGUAUCUAGGUUAAUGUUCGUACAUUAACAUUUAUAUUGCAGCAACGUUAAACAGUCUUGAACAAAUUAUUAUGUUUUGACACUCAAGU